GAGCUGCGGACGCGGAGGCCGACAGAGCUAAAGUCACGGGCGCCGCCGGGUCUCCGGGACAGGAGUGAGCCCCCAGAGCCUCGUGGAGUCUGCAGGUGUGCUGGGUCUCCAGCCCCGGGCAGCCACAGAAUGGCAGCCACCUUGGAUCUGAAAUCGAAGGAGGAGAAGGAUGCCGAGUUAGACAAGAGGAUCGAGGCCCUGAGGCGGAAGAACGAGGCCCUUGUGCGGCGCUACCAGGAGAUCGAGGAGGACCGGAAGAAAGCUGAGCUGGAGGGUGUGGCGGUGACAGCACCCCGGAAGGGCCGCCUGGUGGAAAAGGAGAAUGUGGCGGUUGAGAUGGAGGCAUCUCUGGGUCCCUCCCGGAGGUCCCCUCGGCCCCCAGGGCCCAGCAAAGGGAGCCGGCCCUCCCCGCAGCGAGGGGGCCAGGCUGGUGCAGGUCGCGCAGCCCGCAGCUGGGAGGAGAGCCCGGGGGAGCAGCCUCGAGGAGGGGCCAGUAGCCGUGGCCGGAGAGGCCGUGGCCGGGGAGCCCCUCAUCUCGACGGGAGUGGAGAUGCCCCCGCCACUGCCACUGCUGACCGUAAAUCCAAGGAGUGGGAGGAGCGGCGCCGGCAGAACAUCGAGAAGAUGAACGAGGAGAUGGAGAAGAUUGCCGAGUAUGAGCGCAACCAGAGGGAGGGGGUGCAGGAGCCCAACCCCGUGCGGAACUUCCUGGACGACCCCCGGCGGCGCGGAGGACCCCUGGAGGAGUCGGAGCGGGACCGCCGAGGGGGCAGCCGUCGGCACGGACGCAACUGGGGGGGCCCCGACUUUGAACGUGUGCGCUCCGGCCUGGAGCAGGAGCGGCAGGGCCGCCGGGCAGGCCUGGGAGGUGCUGGUGACAUGACGCUGGCCAUGACGGGCCGGGAGCGAUUGGAGUACCUGCGCUGGAAGCAGGAGCGCGAGAAGAUCGACCAGGAGCGGCUACAGAGGCACCGGAAGCCCACCGGCCAGUGGCGGCGUGAGUGGGAUGCUGAGAAGACCGAGGGGAUGUUCAAGGAUGGCCCCGCCUCUGUCCUGGAACCAUCAGCUGGCUCAGAUGACCAGCCCUGGGUCCGGCCUCCCAAGCCCCCGACUUUCGGGGAGUUCCUGUCUCAGCACAAAGCUGAGGUCAACAACCGGAGGAGGAGAAAGAACAGCCGGCCCCCUGCCAAGGCGGCCCCGCGUGCCUACAGUGACCAUGAUGACCGUUGGGAGCAGACCAAGGAGACGGCGGCCCCAUCCCCAGAGCCCCCCCAGCCCAUUCCUCCCAAGGAGCCGCACACACAGGCAUCCGAGGGCCCAGCCCCCACCCACCUGCCUCCUGAAGAUGAGGGGGAGGAGGACGAGGAGUGGGAGGACAUUAGUGGGGAGGAGAGCGAGGAAGAGUUGGAGGAGGAGGAAGAGGAGGGUGCUGAAGAAGCGGAAGAGGAGGAGGAGCCAGCUCCAGACCAACCCCAGGAAGCUGCUGGGCAUCCUGUCAGUGAGCCUACGGAGACCCCAACGCCUGCCCAGGCCCCUGCCUCACCGACCAGCCCCUUCUCGCCUGAUGGGGGUCACCAACCUGUGUCUGACUGGGGUGAAGAGAUGGAGCUGAACUCCCCCCGCACCGCCCACCCAGCUGGCGCCUCUUCUCCCGGAGGUGACCAGCUGGCCCCCGCCUCCCCAGACACUGGGCCCAGCCUCCCCGGAAGCCAGCCAGCUGAAGAGGAGGAGGGGUCUGAGGCGGCUCCAGAGGCGGGCCCCGAGCCCCAGGAGACGGCCGAGAUCACCGACCUCCAGCGGGCUUCCUCCAAUGUCUGAAGACGCUGCUGGGAGGGGCUUAUCUACCCCCACCUCCGAGAGCUGGCCUCGCACCCCUUACGUCCAGGGCGCGAAACCUUGAGCUUGGCUGGGCGGAGCCAGGGGCCCGGAGCCUGGGGUUGGUGGUUGGGAGCCUGGCUCUUCAGGGGUGUGGGUGAGGCGCUUUCAAGUGGCUAGGCGCCUAGCCUCUGGUUCGGACUGUUAGGGACCCCUGUAGAGAGAGACCCAGCCGGGUCCUCCGCCAGCCUAGGUCAUUGCUCUUUAUGCCCGUUGUUGGAGUCAUUACGUCAUUCCAUCUCUUUUGAGGGCUGUCCACUCUGCUGACCCCCUACCAAACACCAUAACCUCCCCCGGGGACUAGUUACUUCGGAAAACAAGUACGAAGUAACGUGAGAGGACAUCUAGACAUCCUCACUGGGAAGGUGCGUUCUGGUCGUCUCCUCCCAACGCAGAUUUUACUAUGACUCACAUCCAUCAGUUUUUUUUCACGCUUCCCUAUUCCUGACCCAUGAAGUGGGUCGGCAUACUUUAGUCCUCAAAGUGACAUCCUUCAAAUACGCUGAAUAGUUUUUUUUUUUAAUUCUUUUUGCCCAGUGCAAUAGAGUGGUCGAUUUCUUUUUGUUUAUUUUUUUAUUAUCUGUUUUUUGAGUGGUCGGUGUCGACGGUGGCUUCUAGGAGCGUUGAUUUGGAGCCAGGUAGAAUGAAAUCCUUGAUUCUUGACCCCUGGAUUUUUUUUUUCCUUUUGUUAAGUUGCUUAUUGGUCCAGUUGUGAGGUGUGAUGCCCACCCCCUGUCUUGAAGUUAGGCCAUAUUGAAGGCAGUCGUCUUCAGCUUGUGCCCAUCAGUGCCCCCAGCCCUCUUCACUUUGAGCAAGCAAGGUUUCCUCACCUGUACCUCACAGGUUUGCUUGUUCUCCGAUUCUCUCGCUCUGCUUUUCCUCCCAUUGUCCCGUCUCUCAUUGCUUGCCAGCGUACAGAUGGAAGCUAUAGGCGGUAGGAUGCCACCUGGAUACCCUUAAGCCAUACAGUAUUCCCACCCCUCCCCAUUCUGUCUGAACAACUGCCUGUUGUCCAUGAGCACAAUGAUGUGCUCUGGACUUCCCAUUCUCAAUAAACAUGAAUUUGUUAGGAUCCACACAGUCAAAUGCCUUUGCAGAGCUCGUAAAUGCAAGUAACACCAUCCUGGUUACCCUGCUUCUGGCCAGGAUCCAUCUGACAUCAGCAACGAGAGACCCCUGUUCCACAUCGCUAGUGAAUCUGGCUCGAGUCUCUGGUCGUUCAUUGUCCAUGUGCCACUGCAAUCAUUUUGGGAUGAUUUUCAGCAUGAUUUCAUACUAAGGAUAUUGAUGUUAAUAGUAACGACAUUAAAAAAAACCAAACCCAAA